AUUUUUUAAAAUCAAAUGGCAAAAGCAGCAAAAGACACAAGACCAAUUGCAGAUUAAGCUACUUCAGAGGCUGCAUGCACAUAUGCCGCUCUCAUCUUGUAUGAAGAUAAUCAAGAUAUCGAUGCUACCAAGUUAGCUAAGAUCGUUAAGGCAGCUAAUUUGAGAGUUGAACCAAUUUGGACAAAAGUUUUCGAAAAGGCUUUGAAAGGAAAAAAAGUUGGUGAUUUAUUACAUGGAAACAGCGGAAAUGCAGGAGGUGCACCAGCAGCACAAGCUACAGCCACACCAGCUGCAGCAGAAGCAAAGAAGCCUGAGCCUGUUAAGGAGGUUAAGAAAGCUGAAGAACCAGAAGAAGAUGUUGAUAUGGGUGGUUUAUUUGAUUGAAAAUGAAUACAAAAUCGUACAUUAAUAUUUAAUAUAUAUUUAUAAAUAUAUGUAA